AUGGCGGGGUCCAGGCGGUGGGGUCCCUGCACCAGAGCUCGCCCGCUUUUCUGCGCCCUGCUGCUGUCGCUCAGUCGCUUCAUCGGGGGCGACGGCACGGGAGGCGACCCCGCGGCCGCCGGCGCCGCCGGCACCCCUCCCGCGGCGCCGCAUCGCCGUUUCGAGUAUAAAUACAGCUUCAAGGGGCCGCACCUGGUGCAGAGCGACGGGAACGUGCCCUUCUGGGCCCACGCCGGGAAUGCUAUUCCAAGUUCAGAUCAAAUACGAAUAGCGCCAUCUUUAAAAAGCCAAAGAGGAUCAGUUUGGACAAAAACAAAAGCAGCCUUCGAGAACUGGGAAAUUGAGGUCACUUUUCGAGUGACAGGAAGAGGUCGAAUUGGGGCUGAUGGCCUGGCCGUUUGGUAUACAGAAACUCAAGGCUUGGAAGGUCCUGUGUUUGGAUCUGCUGAUAUGUGGAAUGGUGUUGGAAUAUUUUUUGAUUCUUUUGACAAUGACGGAAAGAAAAAUAAUCCUGCUAUAGUAAUUAUAGGCAACAAUGGACAAAUCCAUUAUGACCACCAAAAUGAUGGUGCUAAUCAAGCCUUAGCCAGCUGCCAGAGGGACUUUCGAAAUAAACCUUAUCCUGUCCGGGCAAAGAUUACAUACUACCAGAAAACACUGACAGUCAUGAUCAACAAUGGCUUCACACCAGAUAAAAAUGAUUAUGAAUUUUGUGCCAGAGUGGAAAAUAUGGUUGUCCCGGCCCAAGGGCAUUUUGGGAUAUCUGCUGCCACAGGGGGUCUUGCAGAUGAUCAUGAUGUCCUUUCUUUUCUGACUUUCCAAUUGACGGAGCCUGGAAAAGAACCACCUACAGCGGACAAAGAAAUUUCAGAAAAAGAAAAAGAAAAGUAUCAGGAAGAAUUUGAGCACUUUCAACAAGAACUGGAUAAAAAAAAAGAGGAAUUCCAGAAGGACCACCCUGACCUGCAGGGACACCCAGCGGAUGAAAUAUUUGAGAGUGUGGGAGAUCGUGAGCUGAGACAAAUCUUUGAAGGACAGAAUCGUAUUCAUCUUGAAAUCAAGCAGUUGAACCGACAGUUAGACAUGAUUCUUGAUGAACAGAGAAAAUAUGUCACGUCUUUGUCGGAGGAGAUCUCUCGGCGAGGCAUGGGAGUCCCAGGGCAGCAGGGGCAGAUCUCACAGCAAGAACUGAAUACAGUUGUGAAUACUCAGCAUGAAAUUCUGAGACAAGUAAAUGAAAUGAAGAACUCCAUGAGUGAAACUGUCCGGCUGGUCAGCGGUAUCCAGCCCCCGGGCCCAGCGGGGGGCAUCUAUGAGACCACGCAGCACUUCAAUGACAUCAAGGAGCACCUGCACGUGGUGAAGCGGGACAUAGACCACUUGGUGCAGCGCGGCGCGCCGUCGAAUGAAAAGCCGAAAUGCCCAGAACUUCCACCAUUUCCAUCUUGUUUAUCUACGAUGCACUUCCUGAUAUUUGUCGUGGUGCAAACGCUGUUGUUCAUUGGCUAUCUUAUGUACAGGACCCAGCAAGAAGCAGCUGCCAAAAAGUUCUUUUGACCUCUGUUUACAUGUGUGCAUCAUGUAUGUAUAUAUAAAAUGUCUUUUUUUGAGGGAAUUUAAGUAUUUAAAUUACUUCAUAGUCUAAAUUAUUAAAUUUUGUAUAAAAUUACUGUUUAAAUACUGAUUUACAGUCAGAAUAAACCUUAAAACAAAGACAACCACAUGUAAAUUUGUGCAUAGUACGUGAAUCUAUUUAAAUUACAGUGAAUUUCUGGCCAGUAGAAUACAGUCACUGAGCAGAAAAUUGAUAGACAAGAGCUUAAAUAAUUCAAAGUGGGGCUUGCCUUUCAGAUAGAGAAGUCACCCCUAAAUCUCAAAUGUUGGUCUUUUUUUAAUAUAAACAUACCCGGCCUCCUCCCCAAAAAUUAGGUCUAGCUACAGGCUCCCCAUCAUGUUUAUGUUGUAGCCGACGGUAAUUUAGAGGUCAGAAUUUCCCAUGAACACCAUUCCUGCAAUUGUUUAGUGCAAUUCCCUUUUGAAAUCAAAGAAAAUUUUGUCCGAGAGCUUUAGGAGCUGGAUAAAAGGCUUCAGAAAGUUUAUUAAAGUAUUUUUUCCUUCUGGUUAUCAAUGAUAUGAUUCACUUUUAAAGGAAAUUUUGGGAGGAAAGCUGCUCUUCAAAAAACAAUUUAGGUGAAAACAUUCCUCUGAUAAUGGUUUUCAUGAGUAUUUGCUUGUUAAUCUAUUCAUUUGUACAGCUGCUCAUAUUCUCGAAUGUUUUCAUUCCAAUGGCAUCAGUUCAACAUUAUGGAAAUAAUUUUUACAUUUGCAUUCAUAACUGAAGGAAUUCAUUUCUCCUGUUUGGGACAGCAUGUCAGCUCAGCCCAGACGCACGCUCUGACCAUAUCUUAAGUUCACCAGCCUGGCUGCAGGCCUCCAUCCUCCCUGGCUCUGUGCUUCUGCAUACUCUUGCAACAAAUCAAAGAAACUGGUAGAAGCAGUGUUAGGGUUCUUUAAGACAAAAAUCGAUAAAUGGAAUGAGUAUUUCUGAUUUCCUUCUUGUAAUUCUUUUAAAGAUUUUGUGAAGCGCUUCUUUGUAAGCCUAACUCGAAAUGUCAGGCUGGAUGGGGUCUUUGUAGUUCCAGGCGUUAUAGCGACAGUCUGCAAAUGACAGUUUGAAGUGCCAUUUUUUUUGUUUUGUUUUGUUUUCGAAGCUGAUGUUGAAUUAUUUUUGCUGGCUUCAAGAUACUUUCACCUAAAGUGCUUAUUUUUCAUUUGUCAUGGAAUCCAAAAGAAUCAUAUUUAUAAAAUAGUUCUAUUUCUUUCUUUCACGCCUUCAUAAAAUUCUCUCAAAUGUCAUUCACAGGCUGGGUUUCCCGCCUAGAAACUGUGCCGAGACUGAAGAGCUGUGCUCUCAGAGCCCGGCUAGCGUGUGUGAAGAGCGUAGCGCCGCUGUGCUGGCGCACCAGAGCGCUGAGGGGGACGGUCCCAAGGACCCUCGCUCUGCUCCAGUCAUGUCAGCAUAGCAAAUGCUUCUCCAGUACUUUGUACCUUUAUAGUAUUAACAUUUUAAAAUUCAUAUUUCAGAGACACCAUCAUCAGAAUUUUCUCUUAUCCAUGAAAAAAAUAAUAAUAGCUCCAGAAGAAUAGUUAAGUCGUAGACUAUGAAACUUGAGAAAUCCUCUGGAGAUAAAAGACUGCAACAUAUCCAGCGUCGCAGAAACCCCUGGUGACAUGUGCCCAGACCGGCCGGAGCAAUGCCCGGCCUGGGCGGUGUCUUUCCAGGUUGGCCUCGAGUGGAGCCAUGGUCAUGCCGCCACUCGGGGCCACCACUGUUAGGGAAGAGCAUGAGCAGGAUUUUUUUUCUUUUUUUUUUUGAUUUUUUACUUAGUAACUUAAUUUGCUUGAAGAUCACUCAGUAAAGCAGUUCACACAGGGUGUUUAUCAUAUUCUUUGAAAUUUUGUUCAUUUUCCUCAAUCAUUGACUUAGGUAGUUCAUUUCUGAAGGUAAAUGUUUCUGUGGAAAACCAGUCACUGCCAGGAUUCUUUCAUUUCUGUACUAUUUUGUAUAAUUGGAUUUGUUAACUUCUCACACCAGCAAGUAUUUUACAGGUGCCUUGGAUUAAAACAAAAUUGAUUUUAAAAUUUUAGUGUAUGUCAUUGUGCUUAAGAUACCACUUUUAAAAUGCAAUUACAUCAUGGAUAGUGCCCAUAGUUAAUGUACCAAUUUGUCUCUAAUUGUUUGAAUGUUUUAUUCACCUUAAAACUUUAGGACGCCACGAACAGUAAAUACUGUGUUGUUCUGUGUUAAGGGGAUGUCGGUGGCCUGUCUGGGUCUGGAGGUGCUGGUUGGGAGAGCAGAUUCCGGGGCUCCAGUUCAAACCACUUCAAAAGAAAGUCAGGGGGUGCGGGGCUUCAGAAUAUGCCCCUUCAGCAGGCCCCUCAGAUGGUGCUGAGCCCACCACAGUUUGUGAACCACUAAGAUGAGAAGUGAAAAAAAUAAAGUGUUUUGCUGGUUCAAAGCUGAGCUGAACACAUAAUAGAGCAUUUUCCUUGUGAAUGAUGUCAGCAAACGUGCACUGAUUCUUUUAUAUUACACUUUACUAAAUGUUCUUUUUACUAAAACACCUGGUUUAUUAGCGAUGACAAACUAAAUCCAGAUUGUUGCCGUACUUCUUGGUACUUUGAUAGAUGGUUUUUAAGCCACGAAAUCAUCUCCAGAUCAUGAUCAAGACAUGGAACUCCUACCUUCAAGUCAGCCCACUGAAGCAUUUUUGCUUUCCUGAUUGUGACAUUUUUAUCUCGACACUUGUACUUUUGAUAACUUGGGAAAAUAGAAAUUACUUGAAAAAAGAAUUGCCUGGCCCGCUGCAUUGCUGAGGUACAGUCUUUGUAAAGGACCGCAGAGCAGUGGACCAUAGUGAGAUGUGAUUAUCGUUUCUGUCCACCUGCUUAUCACAAAGAGACGUGAACAAAUGAUUAUAUUGGGGUUUUUUUAUUUAUAAGAUCUAACAAAAUCACCAUUCGCAACUUUUUAGAUCUGUUUGUUGCCUGUUUAAUAUAUUUCUUUUAAAGUCUAAAUGGUUUUCUAUCUACUGUUAAUUUUAAUUAGGUAACAUUUUGUCAAGUAUUUUUUCUGAUUGUUAUUUGAUGCUAGCUGUAAUUAAUUGAC